UCUCUCCCUGGAAGAGAACAGUGGAGGUGAGAGUUCUGCUUCCCCUUCUAGAGCAGCCAUAUCCUGGGAGAAGAAAGUACCUGUCUCCUCCUGCCUCUGUUCCUUGUUCCUUGCAGAGAGCCCCACCCUCCCAUUCCCCCCCGCCCCGCCUCAUCCAUCUCCACCUGCCAUUCCACACCUAAACCCGGUGAUGCCUCGAGAUACAUGACACUCCUUGAUGUUUGACUGAAGCAUUAGUCACUGGAGGACUUGUGCAGUUUUGUGUCUGCCUUUCUGUCUAUUGAGUUGCACCAAGUUAGAGAGCUGAAAGUCCAAUAGUGUUUUUGGAGCUCUCCUUAUCCUUGAUGUGCAGAGGAUCGGUGACAGGAGACAGCGGACUCUGUGACUCGAUCUCCUGGUUAAUGGUCUAUGCCUGAAACACUGGGUGCGCUGUGAUCUGCGCAUCCUGCUCCACAUCAUCGGAGAUGUUUUGGGUAUGUGAUAUGAUGGGAGGUGCAAUACGGAAUCUCCUUUCAACUCAUGCAUUGCCCAUGGCUGGAUCUGUUACUCAGGUGUCCAACCUGCUGCUCUUCUUAAGUUGCUGGACUCUCAACAAGCAUCAGCCCCAGCCAGCAUGGCCAGUGGUCAGAGAUGAUAAGAGUUGCAGCUCGACAUUUAGAGGGGAACAGGUUGUUUAGUCAGGAUCUAGUAUAUUCUUUCUUAAUCUUUGGCAAUGGAAAUUCCAAAGAACUUUCCUCAAUCAAAUAAAUUGCUGCACACUACAAAGUGACAAAAAAUUCCAAAUGGGAACCUUUUUUUUUACUGAUGGCAGAAGAGAAAUAGUGUGUGGGCUCAGUAUUUCCUUCCUCUUCCUAUCUUAUAGCACUGUAUAGUACAAUGCAGGAACAUUUUUGGGGACCAGAAAAGGAGACGGUGUCCCCUUUCUCUGCUGAAACUUCCCCCAUUCCACAAGCCCUAAAUAGGAUUAUAAAACUUUCAUUUCCUGGUAGACUGAGUCCUGAGCAGAAAUAUUUCGGUUUGGGGUUGGGAUGCAGUAAUAUUUUAUUGGGGAUUCCCACUUCCUAUCAUUGUAAUUUUGAACUUCAAAUCUGUCUUAGCCUUGUAUUUUAUUGUGGGUUUUAACUGAUAAUGUUAUAUUUUUGGUGUAUCUUCUGCAUAUCACCUUGAAUACUAGUUGACUUAGCAAUUAAUAAUUGAUAGGAAUAAACAAUCGCUCCACUUCAUAUUCCUCAUCUGUAAAAUGUUCUGCAUCUUUUGUGGAUAUGUUCUCCCUGCCCCCUUUUGUGUUUUAGAUGGCUUAUUAAAACGUUGUUUGUUUUAUUUAUGCUUAACUUUACUUCAAAAGUUCUCCUAUCGGUGUACUAAAGUGUGAAUUAACUAUCCACAUAACAAUAAACACAACUUUUAAACAGGCAAAUAAACACACUGAAAUGCAAGACAAUCUCCAGAACUAAAAAGAAAACCCCAAACAGAAUAGGGCACAGUUCCAAAAUCACCUAAGAUAUUUCCAUUUUGAUUGAAAAUGAAUGAGACGCAGGAUAAUAAACCAACCCUUUUGAUAGCAGCUCACCAUUAAAUGUAUUCAGAUGCAGCACACACUAUUUAAUCUAUCAUCUACCUUGGCUGGAGACUGAGUUUAGAAACAGGUGAGUCUCUGCUCUGAUGGGGAUAGGCUUUCCAACACCUUGCAUAGCUUUCAGCUGCUUCAAAGGUGCUGGCUUGUCGAAUUGAAGGAACUUUCCCCCUCUUUUUGCCUUCCUCUUUUUCUACAGGAAUUUUAGAAGCAAGUGGGCGUGGUUUAUUCGUCCCUCCUUAGAGGCAGGGAAUAAAUGCUGGCAACUUCCACGCACACUUUCUGUUAUUGGGGAAGCAUUCUUUCUCUUCUCCAGAAAGGAAGAGAAAACAGAAUUUGGGAGGAGAUUGUGUCCCUUUCUGAGGGGUUUUCCACAGGUGUAGCUGUAAACACGGGGAGAAGAACUGGGAUAAGAGCUACCGGCAACUUAGGAAGCGGCUUGUAAUGUUCUGUUUAAAUAGGACUUUGAACUGUGUUUUCCCUCCAGCCCCUUCCAUGUACUAAGAGGAGAGUAAAGGUGCUCUUUGUAUUCCAUGCUUGGAGCUGACUUUAGAGCCAUACACCAGAACGGCUGCUGGUGAGGCACCUACUGUUGGAAAAAUACCUGAGACGGAAAGCCAAGCCAAAAGCUCCUCGUCCUCCAUCUGAGACAAGGAUCACUGACUGUUCUUCUUUUGAUGAGUCAGAACUAACUAACUUCACCAUGGAGCAAAAAGAAAAUAUAAUCGACAGAGACAUUGAGCUGUCUGUGGUUCUCCCAGGUGAUGUGAUCAAGUCUACUACUGUUAAUGGAAGCAAACCAAUGAUGGACUUACUGGUAUACCUUUGUGCACAAUACCGUUUGAAUCCUGCCAGCCAUACCAUAGACCUGAUGACAGUCGAGAAAAAGCAGAUCAAAUUUAAACCAAAUACACCCAUUGGGAUGAUUGAAGUCGACAAAGUGAUUUUAAAGCCAAAACAGAUGGAUAAAAAGAAGCCUACUCCUGUCAUCCCAGAGCAAACUGUGAGAGUCAUUGUAAACUACAAGAAGACACAGAAGACUAUUGUCAGAGUUAAUCCUCACGCACCACUGCAAGAUAUCAUGCAAAUCAUCUGCAGCAAAUGUGACUUCGACCCUUUACACACUCUGUUACUGAAGACUUACCAAUCUCAGGAAACUCUUGACUUGACCAAAUCCCUAAAUGAGCUUGGGCUCAGAGAAUUAUAUGCUAUGGAUGUCAGCAGAGUCACACCGACUGCUGAAUUCAGCUUUUCAUCUUUACAGGACUCUUGCCAAAACUCGCAAAAUUCAGAUAUUUUGAAGGAAAAAGAAAAUAAAGGAUUCUUCAGCUUUUUUCAGAGAAGCAAGAAGAAACGAGAACAGACCGCCAGCGCUCCUGCAACUCCAUUAAUGAAUAAGCCAAGACCAACCUUUGGCAUGAGAGCUAAUACAAUCUCCAAGCAGUAUGACUCAAAUACCCUUCCCUCUGAAAUGCCGAAGAAGCGACGAGCCCCCUUGCCUCCAAUGCCUGCUUCCCAAAGUGUGCCCCAGGAUCUUGCACAAACCCAGGGCAGACCUAUGACAUGCGUGGUGAAAUCCAGCAGUGUGGAUGAAACUGAUAAGGGACUUUCGGGAAUAGGAAUAGUGAGAACAGGUUCUCUUCAGCUCAGUGGCACAUCUUCCGUCAAUUCUUCUCUGAGGCGAGCAAAGCGCAAAGCCCCAACGCCACCUCCCAGAAAAUUGCAAGGCCAAAGUGACAACAGCAUUGAGACAGGAUCGGAGUCUGCAGAAUCAAUUCAUGCAGAAGGCACCAUCAAAGGAAGUUACUCAGAAGCACCAUCUCCAACAGGCAAUGUAAUUGAUCUAACUGGGACCACAGUGUCAACAACAAAUGCCUCGUGCAGCUUGGAGCCAACCAAUCAUGACAUAAACAAUACCCUGCAAGUCCCAGAUGAAACUAAUCUGGCUAAUGCUGAUAAUCCCGAUGAAUCUGAAGUGUCUCUUAAAUCCGACAUAGGCUCCGAAUAUAGUCUAGAGGAGAUAGAUGAGAAGGAAGAAAUACUUGAAGAAAGUGCAGGGGCUCCUCUCACUAUGCCAGAGGCCCCCAUCUCCUUCAGCACUCCUGAAAUUCCACGGGGCGUUCAGAAAAACGAGACUGCUUCAUUGGGUUCAGAUCCUAGCAUUGGGUGUGGCGAUACUCUGCAAGACUCAAAUGGAGAAGAAGUAGAAAAUAAGACUGCACGGGAGAAAGCUCAACAUAGUCAAGUGUUCAUUGCAAAUAUCACACUUGGCAGCGCUAAGCCACUUGGAGCAUUGCAGCCAAAUGCAAGCAAUGGUCACAGUGAUGCAAAAUUUCUUUCUCCAACAGAAGAAAGUAAUAUUGAUGCAAGAGAAAGUAACAAGCUUGAAUCAUAUCAAAAUGACAUAACUGUAAAUCAGGAAUGCAGCCCUCAAGCAUGUCUAGGGGUGCAAGAUAAAAAAUGGGAUCAGUCCAGUGUGGAGACAGUAAAGACUCAGGAUGUUGCAAUUCAGGCAACCCCACCCAAUGGUAAUUUGGGUCAGACUGCACUAAGGGAGAGUACUGGUCCUCAAGGCGGCCAACUGGUCACACGCAAAGAUUCAACUCACCUGCACAAAUCAGCUCAGGAGAACCAACCCUCAGGGUUCCUCAGCAGGGUACAUGAGACCGUAGGAACUAUGACAGAGUUCAACCAACAAAGCGAACAGUCGGCACAUGACCGAGCAAAUUCUAACAACCACCAAUAUAACACAGUUGAAAAGGAUAGUCCCAUUUUACCACAGAACGUCAUCAAAAGCCCUGCUAGUUCUCCUCCAAAAGGUUACCCACCUCACUGGCAAGACUCUAAACCUAAACCUAAACCUUCCAAUGAGAUUACAAGAGACUACAUACCCAAAGUUGGAAUGACUACCUAUAAAAUAGUGCCUCCAAAAUCUCUGGAGAUAGUGAAGAAUUGGGAGUCGGACCCUGCGGAGGAUCGUGAAGCAGCCCACUUGCACAUGUCUCCCAAGGAGAAUUCCCAGGAAUUUGGUACGCAAACAGAAAUGCUUAAUAACUCCAAAAGCCUGAGCCCAACAGGACCUGUUUUUAGACAUGAAGUUACGUUGCUAGGGAACGAUUCGCUGCAUAAAACAUACAGUGUUGAUAAUGCCACAGUUCCUCUCCCUAAUGCCGAAGGGAGGAAAAUGGAAGUGGAGCAUUACAGACCUGGUCCACAACAUGUUGCAGCUCCAUUUGUGCUAAGCACGGAAAAGAAAAGUCCGCCCCCACCGGUGCAAGAAAAACCAAGGAUCUUAAGUCCUACAGGAAAACCAAGCAACUUCUAUUUACAGAUGCAAAAGAGGGCUUCUUCUCAUUAUGUAACGUCUGCAAUUGCAAGAAGCAAUUCCAUUAGUAGCCCUACGCAAAACGAAGCUAAGAGUAUGGAGCCAGAAAAAAAGUUGGCCUCGCCAGAUCAUACUUCUUUUCCAUUUCCUAGAACAGUUACUGUUCCUUCUCAAUUAGUAGAGGAAAAGACUGAAAACGGACACAGCGAGGAAAAGACAGAAGUCACCACUCCUCCUGUAACAAUGCCCAAACCUCUGAAUUCCCCCUGCUCCCAGCCUCCUCCCUUAAAUCUGAAAACCCUGAGGACUUUCGUUUUGCCGCAGCCGUAUUCCAGCUCCAGGCCGUCACCUUUUGCUCUUGCUGUAUCUUCGGCAGUUAGGAGGUCGCAGUCGUUCAGUAAAACAUGUGCCAGUGCACCCAGGCCACUGAAAGAGCAAUUGUCCCUUGACCUUUCCUCAUCGGUGUCCAACACGGAGAUAAAGAACCAUUCUCCUUUACAGAGCCCAACUGGACAGCUGCAACAGAAUGUUGCAGAGAAGAAAAAUAAUUGUGCAACCCAUGAGCAAAAUAGGCAGGUGCCCUCUCUAUCUGGCCACCCAACAACUGCCGUCUGUCAGAGAGGGAUUGCUGCGACUCUCCAGCGCCCUGACCCGGAACAGAUCCACCAGAGCUUGCUGGCUGCAAUCCGCUCGGGAGAAGCUGCUGCCAAAUUGAGAAGGGUUGCGCCUCCGUCAAACACUGUUGCCAUUAACGGAAGAUCCAGUCUCAAUUCCUCGGUGUCCGUAGAAGCAAGAUACAACGAUCACUAGGACUUCAUACCAAAUAUUUUGCACUUUAUCCACUACUGCAUAAAACUACGGUUAAUUGCAUAUUGCUGAGGACUGUGUGUAAAUGCAAGGUUGCGUUGGUAUAUAUUGUCAAGUGAAGCACAGAAACUUCAUGGAAGUCCUGAAAGAGUUAUUAGAAUAGAUAUAAUUUAUAGCAAUAUUUUUUUGCCCUUUUAAAGCUGAAACUGCUGCUUCAGAACGCAUAACAUGGCAUAAAAGUUUUGUUCUUUUGCUGCUGUGAUCGGAUAACGUUGAUUUCCACUUUAGCCUUAAUUACUGAUGUUUAGCAAUUUGCUGUAUGAUGCUAAUGUAUGAAGCUCUUAACUGCCCAAUAAUAACGUUCACACAUGUAUGAAUUUAAAUGCAUAGUUCUGACACCUGUUGCCUUGGAUCAUUUGUAUUGGAAAUUUAUUGCUGUACUCUCUAGAAAUGCAGUUGGGCUAGUUUCCUUUCCUUCUGCUAAAAAUGCAGGACAAGAUCCAUCCAAAGUCAUGCUGCUUCAGAAUCCCAUCGGUUGCUUAAGUUCCAUGUUCAAAUCAGUAGGGUUUAAAAGUGCUUAACUCUGGCUGGAUCAUGUCUUUGCAGGAUAAGCAUUAUUGGUCUUUGUACAUUUUCCAGUACCAAAGUGAAGAAAUAAAAUAGCAGGUGAGUUUUCUUAUAAAUACUAGCAUUGUUACACGGUGUCAUGCACACUAGAAAGUGCCUUAACUGCUGUAAGAAUGCUGCAGUUGGCAGCACUGAUGAAACCACAGUUGUUUUCCAAAGGCAACAACUUGGUCAGCAUCCCAGGCCUCUAUAGAAGAAUCUGAGCAGCAUGUCAAGAGCACUUUUAAUCAACCCUUCCUCUAGGACAGGACAGGGAAACUGAGGCCAGAUGUGGUUCGAUUCCAGCUCCCUUCAGCCCCAGCCAGCAUCGCCGAUGGUCAGGGGUGGCGGGCGUUCCAUCUGGAAGGCCACAGGUUCUCUGGCCCUGCUCUAUGAGCUGAAUCAUUGAGGACAGAUCUGCGCAAUCUAAAAUGUAACAGGUAGUAGGUAUGAAUAGGAACCAGUGUUUAUUUUCUCACUACUGUGCUGACCUCUAGCAUACCCCAUGCUCCCAGCGUGCUGCAAGUGUGACAGCUGAGCAAAAAUAGGGAGGGGGAUGUGCUGGCCUGGGCCGGGACGCACAGUUUGGAAUCUGCAGGUGAAGCAUAUGGGAAAUUUUGUUAGCUGACAUGCAGAGGUCUCUCGAGAGGUAAUACAGCUCUGAAGCGCAGUGAGGACUCCAGAACUUUAUUUGGCAGUUGAUACAAAUUUAUGGGGGCUGUGGCUCAGGUACAGAUUGGGGCAUUCUCAAGGGCAUUGGCAUUGGCCCAGAGCUACCAAGUUUAAUUUGAACUUAUUUUGUAUAGGAGUUGACUGCAGGAGUUCAGUUCACAGAUAUUCUUGUUCUCAGAAAAAAGCAGUAUCUUAUUUCACAUUUGGGUAACUUUUAAAAUAUUUCUUUUAAGUUCAAAAAAUUAAAGCUAGGGGAUGCAAAACAAAACAAAGCCCAAAUUCCUCUUUUAGUAAGUAGGAGAAGAGGUGGUGGUGAUUUCUGCAUUAUAAAAGCUUCUUUAAUGACACUUUAAACAACAUAAUGUCAGCGAAGUAGUUUUACAGUCGAAUAAAUUCUACAGUUGUGAAGUUUAAAAAUUGCUACUGAAAUAGACAUGUUAGGUU